GAAUUGAUAGAACUGUACUUUCUUUUACCAUUUCCCUUUUUUUUCUUUUAUUUUUUCUUUCCGCUUUUGCUUUUUUUCUUCUUUUCCUCUGCUGUUCGUUCAUGUGAACGGUUUGGAAUUUUGAUAGAAACAAAUAAUAAUAAUUUUAUUGGCACCUCUCACUGCUCUUGCAGCAAGGAAAAUCACCAUUUGGUUCUCCAGAAAAUUUAUAAAAUCCUUUCAGAUUUCUCUCUCUCUCAACUAAUUCCUCUUAAGAAGACUCCAGAUCUUCGUAGCCAUUGCUCCCUGCAGCUUCUUAUGAUUGAUGGCAAAACCACAUUCAGCUGAUGGUAGGGCUAGAAGCUCCGUGCAGAUCUUUAUAGUAGUUGGUCUGUGCUGUUUCUUCUAUAUAUUGGGUGCAUGGCAGAGAAGUGGUUUUGGAAAGGGAGAUAGCAUAGCAUUGGAGAUUACUAAGAAAAGCUCAGACUGUAAUAUACGCCCUGAUUUGAGUUUUGAUUCUCACCAUGGUGGAGAAGUCAGCAAAAUUGAUGAAUUUGAGUCAAAACCAAAGGUGUUUGAACCUUGCGAUGCUCAAUUUAUCGAUUACACCCCUUGCCAAGAUCAACGGCGUGCCAUGACUUUUCCAAGAGAAAAUAUGAAUUAUCGUGAGAGGCAUUGUCCCCCUGAGGAAGAAAAAUUGCACUGUUUGAUCCCAGCACCUAAGGGAUAUGUGACUCCAUUUUCAUGGCCGAAAAGCCGUGAUUAUGUUCCAUAUGCAAAUGCGCCGUACAAGAGUCUUACAGUUGAGAAGGCUAUUCAGAACUGGAUCCAGUAUGAGGGAAAUGUGUUCAGAUUCCCGGGGGGUGGAACUCAAUUUCCGCAGGGUGCAGACAAAUAUAUUGAUCAGCUUGCUUCUGUGAUACCUAUAAAGGAUGGAACAGUUAGGACAGCACUGGACACUGGUUGUGGGGUUGCCAGUUGGGGCGCAUAUCUCUGGAGCAGGAAUGUUAUUGCCAUGUCAUUUGCACCGAGGGACUCUCAUGAGGCACAAGUACAGUUUGCUCUUGAAAGAGGUGUACCUGCUGUCAUUGGUGUUCUUGGAACCAUAAAAUUGCCGUAUCCAUCUGCAGCUUUUGACAUGGCACACUGCUCUCGCUGCUUGAUUCCCUGGGGAGCAAAUGAUGGAAUGUAUAUGAUGGAGGUUGACCGAGUUCUAAGACCUGGCGGUUAUUGGGUGCUGUCGGGUCCUCCAAUCAAUUGGAAGACUAACUACAAAUCCUGGCAGAGACCUAAAGAGGAUCUUGAAGAAGAACAGAGAAAGAUUGAAGAGGUUGCUAAGCUCCUUUGCUGGGAGAAAAAGUCUGAACAAUCUGAAAUUGCUAUUUGGCAAAAAACUGUAGACUCCGAAUCAUGUCGCAGCAGACAAGAAGAUUCCAGAGUAAAAUUCUGUGAGUCGGCAGAUGCUAAUGAUGUCUGGUAUAAGAAAAUGGAGGUCUGCAUUACUCCAACUCCUAGAGUUUCUGGUGAUCUUAAGCCUUUUCCAGAAAGGCUUUAUGCCAUCCCCUCUAGAAUUGCUGGUGGCUCUGUGCCUGGAGUUUCGGUUGAGUCAUACAAUGAUGAUAACGAAAAGUGGAAAAAGCAUGUAAAUGCUUAUAAGAAAAUUAAUCGACUCCUAGAUUCUGGAAGGUAUCGCAACAUUAUGGAUGUGAAUGCUGGAUUGGGUGGUUUUGCUGCAGCUAUUCAAUCAACCAAGUUAUGGGUCAUGAAUGUCGUGCCUACUAUAGCCGAGAAAAGUACACUGGGUGUUAUAUAUGAACGAGGACUUGUUGGCAUCUAUCAUGAUUGGUGUGAAGCAUUCUCUACAUACCCGAGGACAUAUGACCUCAUUCAUAGCCAUGGUCUCUUUAGUCUCUACAAGGAUAAAUGCAAUGAAGAAGACAUUCUUCUUGAGAUGGAUCGAAUUUUACGCCCAGAAGGUGCUGUAAUAUUCCGCGAUGAAGUUGAUAUCUUAAUUAAGGUAAAGAAAUUAGUCGAAGGAAUGAGAUGGGAUACCAAAAUGGUGGACCAUGAGGAUGGUCCCCUUGUUCCUGAGAAGAUACUAAUUGCUGUCAAGCAGUAUUGGGUUGCGAAUGUCACAUCUGCACAGUAAUCACAGAAGACAAGUUGAAAGGCUUGGCCUUGUACAGCCACUACUACCUUUCAAUAUACUAUUCUUGCAGAGUUCGUGAGGCUUUGCAUGCAUUUUGGCAUAACUAAACAUCUCUAGUGUGGCACAGGGAUACUUGGCUUAACCAUCACAACCGUGUCACUUAGCUCAAGGUUUAUCGCCAUAGGCAUUUUUUUUUUCUCAUAAUUUAAUUUUCUCAUUAUACAAUGUUACAAUCAUAAGUCAAGUGAAGAUCGACUUUUCUCAA